ACCAUAGCAGUAGCACCACGGCCGGAGCCAGACGGCCCCCAUCUUUUUCCCAAACAGCACGCCCCUCUCCUUCCCUUCCCUUCCCCACCCCCGUCAAAGCGAGAGCUCCGUGUCGCCGGCCUUUCCCUUCCCUUCCCCCCUCUGAUCCAAUCCCAAAGGUACCUUUUGUUCACUUCUAGAGCGCCGCCCUUUCCCCCCACAACCAUGGAGGCGGAGGGGGAGGCCAAGGAUACCAAUCACGUGGGAGGCAGCGGCGGCGGCGAGAACACCCUGGAGGCGGCGGAGGAAGUGUUGCAUGAGGCGGGAGGACAUGAAUCCAGCCAAGAACCGGAGGGAGAGGGGGAGGAGGAGGAAAACAAAGAUCGAGAGGGCAAGUACGACGACGCGGGAAAGGAAGACAACGGGUGUAAAGAAAUUGUCCUGGUUGAGGACCCUGUCCUGGUCGAGGAUCCAGAAGAAGCCGCAGCAACUGCAGCACUUCAGGAAGAAAUGAGAGUGCUUGUGGCGUCUGUCCCCGAAGGUGCUGGGGCGUUGUUUACAGCGAUACAGCUGCAGGAGCUUGAACAGCAGUCUCGGGUCUACCAGUAUAUGGCUGCCCGUGUGCCUGUGCCUACCCAUCUUGUUUUCCCCAUCUGGAAGAGUGUUACUGGUGCAUCCUCUGAAGGCGCCCAAAAUUACCCUACUUUGAUGGGAUUGGCAACACUCUGCUUGGACUUCGGGAAGAGCCCAGAACUGGAACCAGGGAGGUGCCGGCGAACAGAUGGAAAAAAGUGGCGGUGCUGGAGAAAAACUAUCCCAAACGAGAAAUACUGUGAACGCCAUAUGCACCGUGGUCGCAAGCGUCCAGUACGGCUUGUUGUCGAGGAUGAUGAGCCUGAUUCUGCAUCAACAUCGUCAUCUGGCAAGGUCGCCGAAGGUGGCAAGAAGACUGACGACAAGAGCUCGAGUAGCAAGAAGCCUGCAGUUGCGGCACCAGCUACUGUGGAGUCUACAUAACAGGAGGCGUCAUUUAGAAGCUGCAAGAAGAGCAUAACUGUCCUGGCAAUUAGAGUCCCCAUCUUAUUGUAAUCCUCAGAAGACUGUAGUCUUGUCUAGCUAUAACGUCAUUAAGCAGGCAAAAUGUCUGUGGGAAGAAGCCACAAAAACCCCUGUUUAGCUGUCACUGAAAAUUUCAGUUUAGGUGUAUAGUUUGAAUUACCUUUGUCGCGCCUUGGCCCUUUGGGCAGGCGAUGUGGCUGAUUGGAUAAAUCCUCCCUUACUGAUAAGUCGCGUUGUGACUGAAAAAACUGAGCUAUUUGAUGUGUCUUUUUAUUGUCCUUCCACAAUUGUCUGA